GAGGUGGAGGAGGGGGUGGAGGAGGGGAUGGAGGAGGCGGUGGUGAAGCAGGAAGUGGAGGAGGAGGACGGGGUGGAGGAGGGGGUGGAGCACGGGGUGGAGGACGGGGUGGAGGAGGGAUACUCGACGCCGUCCUGCGCCAAGCGGUACCAGUGCGACCGGUGCCCCUACGGCACGGACCAACGGAGCAGCAUGACCAUCCACAGGCGGACGCACACGGGCGAGAGGCCCUUCAGGUGCGAGGAGUGCGGCAAGGCGUUUGCGCAGUCCACCACCCUGCACAGGCACCGGCGGACGCACACGGGAGACCGGCCCUUCGCCUGCGAGGACUGCGGCAAGGCCUUCGCGCAGCGGACCACCCUCCGCAAGCACCGGGCGACGCACGCGCGCGACGCCCCGCCCGCCUGCGGCGUCUGCGGCAGGCGCUUCGCCCGGCCGGGGCACCUCCGGCGGCACGCGGAGACGCACGCGGCCGGCAGGUCGCUCGACUGCGCCGUGUGCGGCAGGGCGUUCGCGCACCUGGGCCACCUGCGCGUCCACGAGCGGGCGCACGCGGGCGACAGGCCGUUCGCGUGCGGCUCGUGCGGGAGGGCCUUCGCCGACGUGGGGAGCCUGCACAAGCACCGGAGGAUCCACGCCGGCGGGAAGCCUUUCGAGUGCGCCGUCUGCGGCAAGGCGUUCGCGCAGCCGGGCUAUCUCAGGAAGCACCGAAGGAUACACAUGAGGCGGAAGGUCCACGGGUGUUCCUUCUGCGGCCAGGUGUUUGCGAGCCUGGAAGACCUUCGGAGGCACCAGGAGACGCACACGGGCCCGAGACCCUACGAGUGCACCGUGUGCGGCAAGAGCUUCAAGCGUUCGAGGAACCGGAACGCUCACGAGAAGUCCCACGGCGGGGAGAUUGCGAGGUCUGACCGCCGCAGAGGAAGAGGAGGAGGAGGACCCGCGGCGGGCCUGUCCCUUGCGAGGCGAGAACCGGCAGGGAACCCCGGUCCCGAGACGUGGCCAGCGGCGCAGGAGAGCCGCGGGGACGAUGUCACUUCCGCUCCGAGGGGAGACCGUGGUUGUGGCCGUGGGGAGGGGUUCGGGCGCCCCGUGGUCCACUCGGGGUGGACGGCCAACGGGGAGUCGGCAUGGUCGUCUGACCGGGAGCUCGUCACUCGCGGCAGGCCGCUGGGAGAGCUCCGUGAAGCGAGAGAGGCGGAGCGAAACGGCGCGCCGAGUCCCGCCGCCGUCACCGCGCCGGUGAAGCGAGAGCCUGGAGAACGUGACGGCCUCGCUCCGGAGGCCAUCAAGGGAGAAGCAGGGGAAUGGCCCGGCUCCCAGACGGAGCGCCGCUGCCCCUCCUUCGCCGUGGCCAUGGUGAAGCGCGAGCUGGGAGCCGGCGACGACUUCGCGACGUGGCCCGGCGUCAAGGUAGAGUGCGCGGAUGAAGAAGGUUCUGCCUCGGGAGCGGACGCAGAUGCGGGCGACUUCAACCUCCACACGCAGCCCGAGCGGGUUGAGGUUGAGGUGUGGAUGGAGGGUGGCGGGAGUGACAUCGAGUAGACCGAGUUUUUUUUUUUCUAGAUGUAAAAGUACCAAGACAUGUUGGUUAUGGUAAGGGGUGGAUACCCAACUCGGAUAAAACUUAAAACUAUUUUUGUGUUACGACCCCCCCCCCUUAAUCUCCCCGUCAUAACCGCCACUAUUAUUGUUCCCUCUUAAUAUUCUCAUUAUAUGGAUUUCACUCAUUCCCCAUUCAUCAUUGUUUCAAAGAACAAAUGUGACCUAAGGUCUUCGCUCAUUUACCAGCUUCACAUUCCUUAUUGCGUACAUAUACUGGAGCAAGGGCCUUUUCUAUUGAUGCCCCCAGGGUCUGGAAUGCUAUCGCCAAUAAACUGCAGCUUGGAUCACUGUGAGAUCUUCACUCAAAACUGCUCUAGAGGAGUUGUACACCCCUAGCUGCCACUGCUAUUCAGAAUGGCCUGAAAUCAAAUGUAUCGUUCCGGACGACCGCUGCAAAGUAUGAUCUUGAGUUUUGAUUAUAGUGUGCUGAUCUUUAAAGGUGGAUUGAAAAAUGUUGAUACUGCUACUGAUGCUCCUGCUUUUAUGGAGUGACUCAUGCUGCCAGCUGCAAAGUUUGGUCGUACAUGUUAUGUAUAUCGUUUAUUGUUACAUUCGAAUCACAGUUCCUAUGAUCACUGUUACAUUGUUUUUAUAGCUUUAUUUUGGUGAUUUUGUAAAGGUUUUGGUUUGGCCAUGUUUGUUUGUUGUAGUACAGAGUUAGCCUAAUAACUUUAAUCUAAAUUGUCUUAAGGGUGCUGCUUAUUGUUUGACUUGCAUCCCACUGGGAUUUUUGCACACAGCGUUGAAAUGCGGUGCUUUUUCUGGAAGACUUUGCUGUUUUUUCCCGUAUUUUUAUGUUGCGUGUAGUCACUUUAAGAUGUUCCUUGUUCAUGUUAUUGUUUGUUGCGGUUGCACCCGAGUCAAGAGCCGCAUGGCUCACAGGGUUAUACCUAAUACAUGAAACUGAAAUGAAAUCAUUUAUUCACUCCAUUCGUCAUCAUUUACUGCCACCAAUUUCACUCUCACGGAAUUCACGCAUCACAGAUUUCCCCCUUUACUUCAUCUAUUUCAUUCACCACAUCUCCACCAUUACAUCCAUAUGUACCGUUAAUUGUGUAAAGUGCCUUGGGUAAGGUGCUAUAUACAUUCCUUUAAGAUAAGAUCGCUGUGGUGGUGAUGGCUCCUUCAUAUCGAUCUGUGUGUGAUUAUAAGGGUUUCUAUGCGAGUCUGGGUCUCUAUACAGGUCUGGGUCUUUGGGUGAGUAUGGGUCUGAGUGUGAGGCGAUGGGUCUGUCUUUUUCCUCGUGUGGCUGUUGAUGAUGAUGAGCCGUGAUUCUCCAUGGAGGUGGUUGAUGUGCCAGACGUUCGCGUCAGGAGUAGCAGAGUGGCGAAUCGUCAUCGAUGCUGUGGUGACGAUGCCGCCGCCGCCUCCAUAUCUGAGAUUCGGGCAUCGAUUCGUCCUGUGGUUGUCCUGGGUGGGGACCACAGACGACACCGCACACUGCCCGGAGAGUUUACUAUUUUCCCAUUCGUGAAUCAAUCAUCGAGUAUAACCACAUCAGCUGCUGCUGCUGCCGCCACUGCUACCAUGAUUUGUCCAGUGGAUGUGGUUCAGGGUUGUGGCCCAGAAGCUGCAGGGUGGAGAUGAAAGGCCAGGGAUUUAACCGGCACGAUAUUCUUGUUCACGACGGCCUUAACGUGUUUGUUCGUGCGCUUGCUCGCCUGCCUAAAUGUUUCGCCCGUAAUUUUUGUAAAACCCUUCAAUAAACGAAACACGGUUACGUGAACAGAA